AGGAACAGAAGUCAUUACUACGAUUAACAGAGGAGCAAACACUUGCAAGCCAACGAAGCCGAGCAAACGAGAGAAAAAUGGUGUCUAUGUGUCGACAGAUCCUAGGCCUGUCCCUGGCCAUUAUUGGUUUCUUGGGAGCGAUUAUUGUUUGCGCCCUUCCCAUGUGGAAGAUGUCUGCGUUCAUUGGAGCCAACAUCGUGACAGCACAGAUCAUCUGGGAGGGCUUGUGGAUGAACUGUGUGGUCCAGAGCACAGGGCAGAUGCAGUGCAAAAUCUACGACUCGCUCCUGGCUUUACCUCAGGACUUGCAGGCUGCUCGGGCGCUUGUGAUCAUCGCCAUCAUUAUCUGCAUCUUUGCGCUCGUCCUGGGGAUUGCUGGUGGAAAAUGCAUAAACUUUGUCAAGAGGGAAGACAGCAAGACAAAGAUGGCUAUCGCCAGUGGUGUGAUCUUCAUCGUCGCUGGAGUGUUGGUCCUGGUCCCCGUCUGCUGGUCAGCUUACACCAUCGUCAGGGAUUUCUACAAUCCCAUUCUCACAGAUGCCCAAAGGAGAGAGCUCGGGCCUUCUAUCUAUAUCGGAUGGGCUGCAGCUGUGCUGCUGAUCCUUGGAGGAGGCAUUCUGUGCAGCUCCUGCCCACCCAAGAAAAGAGAUUAAAUAUGUUCUGAUAAUA